CAGCCCCCAUGGCCAAGAAUGGUUCAAGCUUUCUUUCUUCCAUAACUUGGUCAAAUCUUAACCAAAUCCAACAAGGUUUGACUUGAAUCUUGUUGGAAAUUGUCUUCUAAAGCCAUUGGUGGCAUCCUUGAACCGUGAAAGUGGCUGAAUUUUGAGAUCCUUUCCCAUUUAGGCCGCGGUUUGGAGGAGAAUUUUUGGGUUCUUAGAGCUUUCAAUUGCUCCAAUGGUGGAGUAUGCUCAGGAGGAGUCAUUUACCUUGCAUUUGGGUUGCCGUACGUCGACCUGAAUCCCGAAUCUUGAAUCAGUGAGCUGCCCUUGGUUCGGGACCAAGAGGAUUGAGGCAUUCUGUUGUGUACUAAGUUGAAGAAUAAGCUGCUGCGGAGCUUGUGAAAACAAUAUUUAAGUUUGAUGAGGAAAGAGGUUUUGCGUUUCACGUUGAUGGUGGAAGAGCACACUCAGCAGAGUGAGGGUUGCUAGUGGCAGUUUCACUGACAUAGACAAACAAAGCUAGGUUUGUGUUUCUGUUGUGAAAUCAUUUGUAUUUGUGGUUCUCAUCAUAAUUAUCAGCAUCUCGGGUGUUCGUUUUUGUGAGGUUGGAAAACCCUAGAAUCGCAACAAGAUGAGGAUUAUGAUAAAGGGCGGUGUUUGGAAAAACACCGAGGAUGAAAUCCCGAAAGCAGCUGUUAUGAAAUAUGGUAAAAACCAGUGGGCUCGAAUCUCUUCGCUCCUUGUUCGCAAAUCUGCUAAGCAAUGUAAGGCUCGUUGGUAUGAGUGGCUCGAUCCUUCCAUUAAAAAGACCGAGUGGACAAGAGAAGAGGAUGAGAAACUGCUUCAUCUUGCUAAGCUUAUGCCCACUCAGUGGAGAACGAUUGCUCCAAUUGUUGGUCGUACCCCUUCUCAGUGCCUUGAACGGUAUGAGAAACUACUUGAUGCAGCAUGUGUAAAGGAUGAUAACUAUGAACCCGGUGAUGACCCGAGGAAAUUGCGUCCUGGGGAAAUUGAUCCGAAUCCUGAGUCAAAGCCCGCACGCCCGGAUCCUGUUGAUAUGGAUGAGGAUGAGAAGGAGAUGCUUUCCGAAGCACGAGCUCGGUUAGCCAAUACUAAGGGCAAGAAGGCGAAAGGUAGAAGCUUUGCAGAAUGAAUUUGAGAAUGUGAGAAGCAAGUUGGAUGAUGGUAAGGAGAAGAUAGUACGCCUUGAGAAGAAAGUGACAGUACUUACACAAGGCUAUGAGACAAGGUCAAAAAAAAGUCUUUGGCCGCAAAUUGAGGCCACUUUCAAGCAGAUGGACAUAGCUGCAACAGAAUCAGAGUGUUUCCAAGCUUUACAGGAGCAGGAGCAGUUGGCAGCAUCACACAGGAUAAACAAUAUGUGGGUAGAAGUACAGAAGCAAAAGGAACUUGAGAAAACUUUACAAAAGAGGUAUGGGGAUCUCAUGGCAGAACUAGAAAGGACACAAAAUGUCAUGGACCAGUUCAGGGUACAAGCUCAACAGCAAGAAGAAAUGGAAGCAAACAAUCAUGCACUUGAGCUUACCGAGGCCACAACUGAUGAAAUUAAUGUGCCAGGCACAGAGAUUUGUGAAGCUGUACCUGUCUCCGUUGACAAUGGAAGUGCUACAUCGGUUGGUCCAUGUCAUGAUGGAACGGCCGACCAGCAAGUAGACAUUGUACAAGACCAGGCCAAUUCUAUCUCCUAAAG